AUGCAUCUAGAGAAGAAUGUGUUUGACAACAUAGUUGGAACAUUGUUGGAGAUGCCGAAGAAGACUAAAGAUGGUCUGCAAUCAAGGAUGGACCUAGUCGAGAUGGGAAUCAGGGAAGAGUUACACCCUCAAGAAGGAGAAAAGAAUGGCAAAGUAUAUCUUCCACCAGCCUGUUUCACACUGACACCUGAGGAGAAGAAGUCAUUUUGCAACUCACUCCGUGAUGUCAGAGUGCCCAUAGGUUUCUCAUCAAACAUCAGUCGACUAGUUUCAAUGAAAGAUUUGUGGGUAUCUGGUUAUAAUUCACACGACUGCCAUGUCUUGCUCACCAUGUUUCUUGCAAUUGCAAUAAGGGCCAUAAAACCGAAGCAUUUAAAGGUUGCUAUCACAAGGUUGUGCUACUUUUUCAACACAGUGUCACAGAAGGUCAUUAGUCUCGAAGAGUUAGGAAAUCUCCGUAUAUUCGCACAUGAGACACAGUGCCAACUUGAGAUGUGUUUCCCUCUGUCAUUUUUUGAUAUGAUGGAGCACCUCAUUGUUCACAUAGUGCCACAGAUGGUUGCGCUUGGCCCAUUGUACCUCCAUCAAAUGUGGUCAUACGAGCGUUACAUGGCGGUUCUGAAGGGUUACGUCCGAAAUCGUGCACAUCCAGAGGGAUCAAUGGUUGAGGGCUAUAGUACUGAAGAGGUUGUCGAGUGUUGUAUCGAUUACCUCAAAGAUGGAUAUGCAAUUGGAGUACCUGUGCCCCGACACGAGGGCAGGUUGAGUGGCAGGGGAACGAAAGGAAAGAAGAGAUUCGUCACCCAUGAUCACAAAUCAUUCCAAGAAGCUCACUUCAGCGUGCUUCAUCAGUUUGCUAUCGUUGAGCCGUACAUCGAUCAACAUAUCGAACUAAUACGAGCUAACAAUAAAGGUCGCACCACCGAGUGGAUAAUGAAAGAACACAAGCGUCUCUUCAUAGAUUGGUUGCGAGACCUAGACUUACCUGAGGGACAAACUACCAAUGAAAUAACUAUGAAGCGGUUGGCUUGUGGUCCAUCAACUAUAGUAAAUUCUUGGCAGGGAUAUGACAUUAAUGGAUACUCGUUUAGCACAAGAGCCCGAGAUAAUAAGACCUGUACGCAAAACAGCGGUGUCCAUGUGGAAGCAAUUGAUGAAGCCGGGGAAAAACAAUCAUACUUCGGGUUUAUUGAAGAAAUAUGGGAAAUCGACUAUGGGCACACAAUGCAAUUCCCCAUAUUUAAGUGCCAGUGGGUAAAAUACCCGAACGGGGUCAAUGUUGAUAAGUUUGGUCUUACUGUUGUUGACCUGGCGAGUGUGGGUCACAAGGAUGACCCUUGGGUACUCACCAAUCGCGUAGCACAAGUGUUUUAUGUGAAAGACCCUUCAAAUUUGAAGAAAGAUAUAGUGUUACCAUGGAAACAAAAGAUAUUGGGAGUGGAUGGGGUUGAAGAUGUCGAAGAUUACAACCAAUAUGAUAGUAUGCCACUUUAUAGUAAGUUUGUACAGAAGAUUAAGAAUGUCGAGACAUCUACUCAGAAGACCGUGAAGCCUUACAUGCGCACGGACGGUGUGGGCAAAAAUGUUAAAGGGUAA